AGCGAGAAGCUGAAGCUGAUUGGCCCCGUCAUCAUGGGCAUCGGGCUCUUCAUCUUCAUCUGCGCCAACACCAUGCUGUACGAGAACCGCGACAUGGAGACCCGCAGGCUGAUGCAGAAGGGUCUCUACUCCAUGGCCACAGCACUGGCCUGGAUGCGCAGCUCCACACCCCGGGACACUCCAAGUCCCUGGACCUGGGCCGGCCAGGGGUGCUGCUGGUGGCCCCCAUGA